AUGGAAGAUAAAAAUAGAGAAAAUCCUGAUCAAGAUCAGGAACCGAAAGGUGAAGAAGAACUUAAUAGAAUUGUUGAAACUAAGCUGGAAAUUGAAAAUGGGAAAGUGGAAGAAGACAAGGCAAUAGAAAUAGUGAGUGAAAGCCAGUUUGAUAAAGCUGAGAAUGGGACAACAGGAAAAGGGCAAGAAAACAAUGAAGAGAUAGACAAAGAUGCGAAAACAGUAAAAACAAUAAACUCCAUUGAAAACAAGGAAACAGAAAUCCCAGUUGAAGAAUCAAAGGAUAGCACACCGAAAAUUGAACCAGAAACUGAAUUGUCAGAGAAUGAUCCUGAGAUUAUUCAUAAAAUCCCAGAAAGUCUUGAAAUCAAUAAUAACGAAGAACCUAAAGCUGAUAACUCACUUAAAGCAGUCUCAGAUUACCAAGACUCUCUUAAAGAAUAUCUCCCAGACUCUUUGAAAUCCCACUCUUUGGAAGAUGCUAUCAAAAUCCUAACAUCAGCGUAUAUUGCAUCUUUAGACAAUUCUGACAGCUUUAAAGAUUCAAUUCAGACAAUUCUUCCACCAGAUCUGAAAGACAUGACUACGCUAGACGCAGUUCAAACUCUUGCUACUCAUUACGCUCGAAAGUCUUCCGAUCUCAUCGAUUUUCGUCGUUCCCUUGAUGACCCUGAUCAGUUGCGCCGUCUUGAUGAGCUUCUGAAGCUUGCAGAAAGUUCUGAUCUGAAUUCAAUUCCACAAUUCCAAGCAGAAUUCUCCUCAGAAACAAAAAGCAUGAACUCAGAGACUACACAGACUGAGACUGAAUCUGGGAUUGUUUCCUCAGAUGAAACUCAUAAUGUAUAUGACACACUAAAAAAGCUGGAAGAAGAAAACGAAAUACUAGAAAAUACAAAGCGGGAACAGCAAGAAAAGAUUGAAUCGUUAAGUGAGCUAGUUAAUGAUAAAAAGAGUGCAUCAAUUGAGCAGAUAAAGGUGAUGGUUUUGAGAAUGAUGGAGCUUAUAGGGCCGCAAGUGCCUGAGAUUGAGACAGUCGAAAGAAUUAUUAUGCAUAUGCUUGGGAUGGAAAAUGAUGAAAUCAUAGGAUUUGAAACAAAAAGAGCAGAGUUUAAAGGAAUUGAGAGAAAGCCCACAAAAAUUAAAAAAAUUAAGAAUAAGAGUUAA